AUGAAGCGAAGAAGCACUGUGAGUGGCAAGAAGCAGAUGAUCAUAGGGAAUUGCACUCCUUUGCAGCAGAAUUCUUCUCUUUCCAGCAGUACCCUCAAUAAUCAGAAGCAUUUGCAACAGGAGGCAUUGCUACUAGCCUUGCUUUCAAACUCAGCGCAGAUAGGAAUUUUGGCUUCCAUACUUCUCCUCAUUAUUUGCUGGCUCAUCCGAGACAGACUUAAAGUGAAAGACCUGAAUGGAAAGCAUGUCUUCAUAACUGGAUGUGACAGUGGGUUUGGAAACUUGCUGGCUAAACAGCUUGACCGAAGGGGAUUCCAUGUCAUUGCCGCGUGUCUAACAGAAAAUGGAAGCCGAGAACUACUAGCCUGCACAUCCAUCUCACUGAAGACUGUGAUACUAAACUUAACUGACUCCAGCAGCAUUGACAACGCAGUGGAGUUUGUGAAACAAGAGACAGAUGGGGAGGGCCUCUUUGGUUUGGUAAAUAAUGCUGGAAGAGCAACACCGAUGGCACCCACCGACUGGAUUCAGAUAGAUGAUUUCCACACAAUUAUGGAUGUUAAUCUGAUGGGGUUGAUUGAAAUCACCCUGAAGCUUCUCCCACUUUUGAAAAAGGCUAAAGGAAGAGUAGUCAACGUUGCCAGUGUUUUGGGUCGCUUGGCGUUUUUAGGUGGUGGCUACUGUUUGUCAAAGUGGGGCGUGGAAGCUUUCUCGGACAUGUUACGGAGAGACAUGCGGCAUUUUGGAGUGAAGGUGAGCAUAAUUGAGCCGGGAUGCUUUAAGACUGGAGUAACUAAUUCAGAGGUCAUUGAGAGAGACCUACUAAGACUUUGGAACCAACUAACUCCUGAGGUCAGAGACUCCUAUGGAGAUAAAUACUUUGUUGAGUAUGUCAGAGCUCAAAGAUUUUCAAUGAAAAGAUUGUGUGACUCCGAUAUUUCUAAAGUCAUAAAAUGCAUGGAGCAUGCCUUGAUAGCAAAAUACCCCAGGACACGCUAUGGAUCUGGAUGGGAUGCAAAGUUCUUUUGGCUACCCCUCUCCUAUGCACCAACCCUUCUAUCUGAUAUGAUGUUGCGUAUGCUGCUUCCAACUCCAGCAGCGAGGAGGAAAUCAGUAUCCUGUGUUCCACUUGAUGUUUAAUAUUUAGUACUCUAAGCUCAAGGUUAAAGUGGUGAUUGUUAUUCUUUUCAAAAUCAGUUUUUCUCUUUCCUACCUAUAACUACCUGACUGAUUUAAUUCUCUUCAGAAAGCACUUUGAUUUUUAUUGAAUUUCAGUCUGGAGAAAGUUUUUCUUUGUUAUAUUAAUCAGAGAUAUAUUUGCAGUAUAACAUUCACCUGCAGAGCUGGUCAAAUAGUAUUUAUCAGAUAACAAGUUUGGUGACUUUGAACCUUUUAUUUCCUAAAUCAGUCCUGCUCUAUGCAGAUCUAUUCUGCUCUUAAAGUCCAAAAAGAGCACAUUUACUCAAGAACUGGUACAUCUAUUCAUGUUGAAUAUGGGUAUUUGCCUGAAUCAUGCCACUGAACUUAAAGUUGUGAACCUAAGGGCUUAAACUUGAUAAGAUCAAAGUAAACCCCUAGCAUUUGAAAAAUAUCCACAAAACGUUAGUUCCAGUGCUCAACUACAUCUAUGUGCCUAUUUACCAUUCAAUAGGCAGCUACUAUAGUGGAGAUAAUACACAGGUUAUUUCAACAAUAUGUAAUAUAAAUGACAAGCAAUCAAAGACAAUUGUUAUCCAUUACCACAAUAUUUAUACAUUACCCUGAUUCCUAAUUUUAGUGUGGUUUUAUCUGAAAAAGAAUACAUACGUACAUGAGGCCUUUUAUCCUGAGGGAUCCCAGGGGGUUUUACAUUUUACCCCCAUGCUAAUUUCUGAUGUGAAGCAGAUCAUUUUGUUUAUGCUGUCAUCGAUUAAUAUUACUAUAUGCAAUGCACUAAGCAUAGUAAAAUACUACCUGAGGUUAUAAUGUCUCUUGAGAUUAUAAUGCUAAGUGCACUGUAGGUUUUUUCCCUGAUAAGCCGCUGGGUCAGUAGCUAACAUGAUGGUGUGCAUGGUGGCUUGAAAACUAAUAGGGUAAACGUUUUGUUUACUAGAGUUUUGAGUUGCUGAUUAAUGAUUGAUAUCCAGGUCAAUUAAGUUUACAAAAAUAUCACAGCAAGUCAGAUUCUAUGCUCUACCAAAUGUCUUCAGAAAAAGCAAAUUCAUUUUACCUCAUUUGACGAUAAACACGCAUUUAUAAAUAUUUUCCCCGUCUGGUCUGAUGGCCUGAAAGAUCCUCCAUCUGAUAGAAACUAAUGUCAUUUAUCGCCCUAACAGUGGCAGAUUACAAAGAGAGAUUGAAAGCUCAUAGAAAACAGAUCAUCUUUCAAACAUCAAUCUAGUGUUCAGAAAGGCAACAAGGGAUAGAGAUCGUAAAGCGAAGGAAAUCAGAGAAUAAAACUGUGAAGAAAAGCCUUAAAGCCUCUGCUGGACUGAGUACCAUAGGUACUCUCCAUUCAUUGACUCAUGGAAAGGAGGAGAAGCCUUUGCUAUACAUUUUACGGGAGAGGAGAGGAAGCCCAAACUGGUGCCUGGGGGUCCCUCUGCCAGAAAAAGAAAGGGUUUUUUUUAAAGAUUAGCAAACAUACACACUACGUAAACAGUACAGCCCUGAAGAGACUACAUUUUAUUUGUGUCUGACAACUUACAAAUCUUGUGGAAAAAACAGUUAUAUAUUUAAAGUGAACAUGAGUUUUAGCAGUAGAUUUUCAGUAUGGCUGAAACUUUAUGUUUGUGGGUAUAAUUGGCAAAAUUGAUACCUGCAUUUUUUAUGGGUGCAAAGAGAGACGUAGGCCUUAAUAUCUUCUCUCUCUAAAAGUUCAAGUAUAAGAACUUUGUGGGUCUUUCCUUCAAAAAAAGAAGCCACGUUUUAAAAAAACAGCUUCCUUUGUAAACUGUUCCCCAGAUUAUACUAGGAACAUCUUAAAGUAAAGCGCUGGGGUAAAAUGGAGUUACCAACCCAUUAUUUGUUUUACUCAGGUCUGUACCACCUGAAUAUUCAUAAAGCACUAACUACACUCCCUAUGUCCUAUUCCACCACAUACUGAGCUCAGUGUAACAGCAUGGAAAGAUCCUCUUUGAAGUAGUCCCUUCUUUGGUAGUUCCAAAAUACUGAGCAGAGAGAUUAUAACAGAACUAUGUACUUGAAAAAGUUUACAAAUCUGAAGCCAGAUCCUCAGCUAGUAUUAACUGGUGUAGCUUAGCUGAAGUCAAUGGAGUUACACCAAUAUAUACCAACUGCCAAUCUGGCCCCUGAUUUUACAGAAGAGAUACACUGUACAUGUUUACACAGGUUCAUUUGUAAAAUGCAAUUUAUUAUACAACUUUUGUGCAAAAGACACUGUUCAUAACUUUUCCAGGAUGUAACAAUUCUUAUGUAUUGUAGGAUAUUGCAUUAUUCUUUAAACUGUGAAUAAAAUAUAUCAUAGAAGAGUUGUAAAAAUGAUAUGAUUUAUAACAUUACAAGCCAACUUUUGGGGUGAGAUGCACUUACACACUAAGUUAAAAUUGCAAGCAACUAAUGCAUGAAUGGAGUACAUCUUCUGAAUCACGCUUACGUGAAAAUCUGCACCAUCAUUAAAAUCAGUUC